CAAUCACUCGCCCCCCUAUUUCGCAUCACUAUUAUACAUCGGAAACAGUAUAUAUCAAUGGCUUAUUAGUGAAUCCUCCACCCCGAGUUCACACCUACGGGUACCUCUCCGCAAAGUCCCCCGGAGUUUUAUCUUUCUUAUUCAUCAUUCAUAAUGAGAGGUGGAUUCCGUAUCGCGGGGCUUGGCGUCUCGUGUCUCAUUCUAUUCUCCCUAUACCUACUCGAGGCGCAUCUACAAGACAUCUGCAAUCAAUAUCGCGCUGGCGCAUACGUGAUUAAUUGGCUAGACCGCAAUGACUCCGCCUCACGCCCAUCCGGCGACACCACACCGGGGGAUAAGGUGAUUGUUAUGGCCAAGCUAGAAGAAGAGGACACCAAAUGGGUGGAAGAAGAGCUUCCCGACUGGCAACGAGCAAUCUACACUGUCAACCCCUCGCAUGAGACACGACUAAAUCCCGACGUUCUUACGACCCCACUCAACAAAGGCCAUGAAGCCAUGGCCUACUUCACCUAUGUAAUCGAUUUCUACCACAAACUUCCCUCAACGGUCGUCUUUCUCCACGCCCACCGCGCAGGCUUCCUCAUGGCCUGGCACGUCGAUGCGCCACUCCACGACAACGUCAUCGCCAUACGCAACCUACGACUCGAUUUCGUCCAGCAGAACGGCUAUGUGAAUCUUCGCUGCAAUUGGAAUCCAGGCUGCAAGGGCGCCCACCGCUUUAAUGGCCAUGUCACCGAGCAGGUUUGGAUGGAUGUCUUCGAUGGAACGAGUACGCCCCCCUUAAAUGCUUCCUCGUCCACGGAGCAGGAGUUCGCAGGCCAGAAAUACCUUCGCAAGCCUGCUGAGAUUGGCGCCGCAUGCUGCGCGCAAUUCGCUCUCUCGCGAGAUCAGAUUCAGAAGCGUCCGCUGGAGGAUUACAUCAGGUUCCGACAAUGGAUUAUCGAUACGGAACUUAGCGAUGCUUCGUCGGGGAGGGUGAUGGAGUUCUUGUGGCAUAUCAUUUUCGGUAUGGAAGGUGUAUAUUGUCCCGAUGAACAAUUAUGUUAUUGUCAAGUCUACGGACAGUGUUGAAUUUCGCCCUCGGCUUGAGCAUUCAUUCCCAAAUCCAGCGACACCCCUCCCAGGCUGGUAUUUAUAUAUCGUGGGACCACGCACACACUUUUUCGUCAUUAUGUGCAAAUAAUUUUUGCGACAGUACAAACACCCAUUCGGAAUUCGGUCACCCGUUUGGUCACAUAGAACUGGAGUUUUCAGGGACCCUACUUUUAUUAUAUAUAUAUUUAAUUGCGUUCAAGCGCUGAGGACAAAGUUCCUCGUGAACAUACUCCAUCACUUUUAUUGAUGGACUUCUGG